AUGAAUGACCACAGUGGUUGCUUUGAUCCCAACACCAUAGAAGAAGUACUGGCUGAGGAUCGUUUUUCACACACCCAUGUGCCAAACUGCAAUCCAAAUUUCUCCAUUGAAGAACUCUCCUACCACCAAAAUUUUUCCCAAGAAGAUGACCCUGCCUACAAUGGAGUUGCCCCUGCAGCCGUGGAAGUAGAGCUGCAACAACUGAGUAUGGAGCAGGAACACUAUUACGACCCCAACAGCAAUCAUAGUGACACCUAUUUGAUGCAAGAAGCAGUUCAUGACUCCGACCAUGCGUUAUCAGGUGAUCAGUCAAAUUGGGAGACCAAUGUCCAUGACAUGCAGUCCAUGAGUUUCUGUCACUACGCUCACCAGCAAGAUCAAAACUUGCAACAAGAAGAAAUUCAAAAUGGUCAUUUCCAAGGCUUAAACUCUUCUUCAUUGCCAGUCACCCCAUACCCCCCAACACCAGACCUCCUCAAUCUGCUUCACUUGCCUCGAUAUUCAUCUUCCUCUGCCACCCAAUGCAUCAAUCUCCAUUACAAACCCAAUCCCGAUCUCCGCUAA